UAAAGGGCGUCCUUCUUUAUACUUCAAUUUACUUGUAUAACUAAACUGAUUCCAACAAGUAUUUGAACAAUUCAAAAUGAUUUUACAUAUUCUAUUCGUUUUAGUAUUCAGUUAUUUAUUCGUGAGGUUUAAGGAUAGAAAAUUAUAUAAAUUGUCAAGACAGUUGAAUAAUGACUUAUUGACGAUUCCCUUUAUCGGACAUCUGUAUUUAUUUAUUGGAACUGCUGAAGAUCGCAUGAAAUUGGUGAUCUACUUCGGACGGAAGGCUCUAAAUAACGGCGGAUUGUGUGCUUUGUGGCUUGGAACUAAACUCUUUACAGUUGUUGCUGAUCCAGUAACAUUCGAAUAUUUAUCGAAGACGUGUUUAGAAAAAGACGACCUCAGAAAUAUUGCGCAACCUCUCAUUGGAAACGGAACCAUCUUUGCACCAGUUUCAAUUUGGCGUCCGAGGCGUAAAAUUGUGGCAUCUCACUUCGGCUUGGCAAGACUCAACAGUUUUGUGGAUAUAUUUUCACAACAAAGCCAGGUUAUGAUAAAAAAAAUAAAAAAUUUGGAAGGGAAAGGAGCCAAAUCUGUUUACAACUUCUUCAAAGGGUAUUCCAUGGAUUCUGUGUGCGAAACAGUUCUUGGAGUAAAAUUAUGCGCCCAAAACGAAACUAAUCACCCAUUCCCAAAAGCAUUUGAGGAGAACUGUGAGAUAUUUCUAAGAAAGGGUCUCGAACCUUAUAUUUAUUCGACACCAUUUUACAAACUUACUUCGAGUUAUGGAAAAUUCGUGAAAAAUAAUGCGUUUAUUCGUGAUUUUGUAAAAAAGAUAAUAAAAUCUAAACGCGAAGAACAUGAAAACAAAAAGGAAAAUGAUAUAACAGAUUUUGAUGAAGGAAUAGACAACCAUAAACCACAAACAUUUCUGGACACUAUGAUUAAAACGUCAGGAAAUGAAAAUGGAUUAACUGAUGAAGAACUGCUUGAAGAAUCGAUUGUACUACUUAUUGGUGCUACAGACACUUCGGCUACUGCAGCAGCACUUGUUGCUAUGAUGCUCUCCAGACAUCCGAACGUUCAAGAUAAAGUUUACAAAGAAUUGCAGAAAGUAUUCAACGACUCUGACAGGCCCGUCACUGCAAAAGAUUUAACUCAACUACAUUACUUGGAAGCUGUAAUAAAGGAAACAUUAAGACUGUAUCCACCGGCUCCUAUUUCUAUAAGGAAGAUUGAUAAAGAUGUGACAAUACCGUCGGGGCUAACCCUCGUAAAAGGUUCAUCAUUUUUAUUUCACAUGUGGGCAAUUAAUAGGAACCCACAGUAUUGGGGUCAGGACGCUGACGAGUUCAAGCCCGAACGAUUCAUUGAUGGUGCUCCUCUACAUCCAGCUGCAUUUGCAACCUUUUCUUUUGGACCAAGGAAUUGUAUAGGAUACAAAUACGCCUUUCUAUCGAUGAAGACAGUUAUAGCAAACUUGCUUCGCAACUUCAAACUACUUCCAGCUGAAGCGUCAGAUAUUUGUACCAACAAUGGCAAGUGUUUAGAAAUAGAAAAGCCACUCCAACUGAAAUUUGAACUAAUGAUCCGAGAUGUGGACGACUUCCGUAUUCGUUUAGAAUCUAGAGUAAAGGGACAUUAGGUUAUACAAAUAUAGUUACAAUUUCUGUGAAAUAAAGUAUUUAAGAUAGAUUAUUAUUUUUUGCUUUCAUUACGUAAAUGAAAAAAAGUAAAAAAAGUUUACAGCGCUGCGCCCCACCGUGCUGUGGAUAUUGUUACUGACAUAAUUAUUAGUUAACAUAAUUAGAAAUUGUGAAGCGACUAAAGUAAAAGUCAAGUGAGUAAUAAAUACAAGAUUAUAAAUAUUCGAA